CUUUGUUUUUGUAUCGCCCGUUUCCGUCAGGACAUACUUUAGCGUAACACUCAUCAAAAAAGUCCGCUGAUUUAGUACAUGUUUUUCAGUGCUGAUGCAUCUGCAAAAUAGCUCUUAGCAUCAAGAUAAACAAUCCUACAGAGUAAUGCCAAGCUACACAACUUUCCUCUUGCAAUGCAGCUACUAAGUUUUCACGGUCUGGAUGAACCAAAUAAAUCCUGCCAGUAAACAAAAAGGAAACUCGUUGCUGUCGUUUGUACUGAGGGAAUUACAGUGAAAACUUAGCUGCUCACGAAGACAGCACCAAAGAGCAGUGAAUGACAACAGUAAGGCAAGUAAGAUGUCCCGAAAUGGCGAAGAGCACACAAUUGCAGAUGUACAUUUCCCAGACAUGGAGUCACACGCACCUGACAAGACAGAGUGUGUGCACGAGCACAGCUCAACCGUGCAGCCACAAGCCACUGAAGGCAUCAUAGUGGACAACCCCGCUUCCUCAGAAGAGCCACCAUUAGGCCAAAGAGUCCGCAGAAUGACGGAAAAGGGUCAAGAACAGCAUGAUGGGCAAGUAAUAAAGGUUGCACAUCGGUUCAGUGUGUGCUAUGAGAAGUGGAAGGAUGCCACUAAAGAAGCCAAGCAAGCGCUGAGUGGAAAGUGCUCAGACGACCUGCUAGAUGGACAAAUUACUAAAGUACGCAAUACCUCUAGGAGUCUAAAUGACGUUUAUGACGAUUGGAAACGCCUUGAGGUUCCUGACCUUAACACACGUCGCAAAAUCGACACCUGUGAAACAGUAACAAAGAAGAUGGUUAAGGAUGCAAUGGACCUUAUAGAUGCAAGGGAGGAAGCUACAGCCCAUAGGCAUACUACAAGUCAAAGACAUGAAGAACAUCGAGUCAUUGAAGAGGUAAUGUCUGUAGCCUCAGGAAGGACAGGCACUAGCUCUCGCCACACUAAGUGCUCCUCUGCAAGCAGGAAGAGUGCAGCUGCUGAGGUUGCUGCCAACAAAGCCACCUUAGAAGUACAGCUGGAGCAAGAGCAUUAUAUUAAAGAGCUUCAGAGACUGGAAGUUGAAGCCGCUCAGCUAAAAGCCAAACAAGAGGCUGAAAAUGCAGAGAGACAAAGAGUGCUAGAAGCCAAGCGCAGAGAACUAGAUCGAUUGGAGACUAUUAAGAAGCUAAAGGCUGCCGAGGCACGACAGCAAGUAUAUGACCAGAGUAUACAUUCAUGUCCGGCAACUAAGGGCGACGGCUCAGAUGAAGAAAUAAAUUAUCUUCUCCAUUGUGGCUCUGUGAAGAAAGAAGAGGAAGUCAAGCCUCAAACUAUAAAUGUUCUUCUCCAUCGUGUCUCUGUGAAGAAAGAAGAAGUCAAGCCUCAAACUAGCCCACUGCGGCACCAUUCUACACCACCAGCUGUAGCACAAGCAAGGCAAGAAAACAAAUAUGAAGAUGGCACAACAGCUCUCGUCAAAGCGCUCGCAGAAGCCAUCAGUGCGAGUCGCAUUCCUCUACCUGAACCUACAGUGUUCAGUGGUGACCCACUCCGAUUCAACGACUGGAAAGUGUCCUUUCAGACGCUUGUUGACAGGAAGAACAUACCAGCUGAAGAGAAGAUAUAUUAUCUACGCAAGUAUGUGGGUGGAUCUGCUAAAAGGGCCAUAGAGAGCUACUUUUUACUUGGCACAGAGCCAGCAUAUUAUGCAGCAUGGGACAUCCUAGAAGAGCGAUACGGCAAUCCAUUCCUCAUCGCCAAGGCCUUCAGAGAGAAGCUCGACGCGUGGCCCAAGAUAAGCUCCAAAGGCAGUAUGGAACUUCAAGAACUCGCCGACUUCCUGCGCUGCUGUGAGGCAGCCAUGUCUCAGAUCAGAGGUCUUGAAAUACUUAAUGAUUGCAACGAGAACCAGAAAAUUCUCUCUAAACUCCCAGACUGGGUGACUUCAAGGUGGAAUAGGAAAGUCAUAGAAGCAGAAGAAGACACUCACAUGUUCCCGAGCUUCAGCCAGUUUGUCAAGUUUCUCACACGUGAAGCUAAAAUCGCUUGCAGCCCAAUAACAUCUCUUCAUGCUCUUAAGCCAAGUGAAAGGAUUCCAGACAAGUGUGUAAAGAGCGGAGGUCCUGGAGCAAAGGUGUUAGCAACCACCUCAGAUGAGAAGCCGUCGUCACAAGCUGUGUCUUCUGUGAGAAGGCAGGACACAGUCUACAAAGAUGUCAUCAAGAUGCUGGAGUCUGACUUCAUUGAAAGAGAGUCGGAAACCAGCCCCAUCUCUCAAGAAGAUCUAAGGUGCCUAGAAAGAAGGCUGAGAAGAAACGACCAGUACUACAAAGACUACAAGACCUUCAUGGAUGAGACCAUAAGACGCGGAGAUGCAGAAAGGGUCCCGGAGGAAGACAUCCACAAAGCUCCUGCUUGCAAGAAGGUCCUAGACGCAAUCCCAAAAGAAGAAUGUGCUGCAGCUGCCAAAGACAAGGACAUGGCACUGGGUGAACUGCACAUGGAAAGAGCACUCGGUGUGCAGUGGUGCGUGGAUUCUGAUGAGUUCCAGUUCAGAAUCCUGCAGCAGAUGUGUCGUGACAAGCUCAGUUGGGAUGACACCUUACCUGAUGACCUACGACCUCUGUGGGAAAGCUGGCUUCAAGACCUGCGAAAUCUAGCCGAGGUGAAGAUUCCAAGAUGCUACGUUCCAUCAAGCUUCAAGGUCCAACACUACGAACUCCACCAUUUUCGCCGAUGCCAGUGA